CAUCGCAUUCGCACACUCAACAUGGCGUCCGAGGCUCAUUUACGCGCGCAGUAUGAGGUGCGCUCGCUCAGUCUCUAGCAACGACACACCAGUCUAACCUCUUCCGCAGCUGCUGGUGAAGGAGAACAAGCUGCUCAAAACGAGCGUGGAGAAGCUGGACCGCGAGAACCACGACCUCAAGCGCUCAGUCUACGAGUUGACACUCAAGUAGGACCCGCAUUCCCCUUCAAAUUGCAUACCAUCGCUCAUGCGAUACAAAAGGGAAACCAAGUGGAAGUUGAAGGCAACCAACUGACCAUCACUCUUCAUUUACAGACUCGAUUCCGCGCAUGCACCGUCCUCGACGACACGCGCGGCGGCUGCUGAGCCCUUUGCUAUCGCUGACCUGCUGGCCGCUCCCGCCCCGAACGCCGAAGCCGCCGCCGAGUCGUCCUUCCGUCGCGCACACGGCGGCUCGGGUGCACUGCUCGGCACCAAGGGAGACUUCUACGACACUGACGGGGAUGGAGACGCCCGCGUGUUGGUGCACAAGUCAACGCUGCGGGCGCACGGCGGCGCCGUUUACACGGCCAAGUUCUCGCCAUGUGGUCGGCUGCUGGCGUCCGGCAGCUUCGACUGCAAGGUAAUGCUCUGGGAUGUGACCACCAAGUUUAAUCAGCCGCAGCUGGCGGCACUCUCGAGGCACUCACAGCUCGUGAUCGACGUGAGCUGGGCGGAGGACAGCGCCAGCCUCGUGUCGGCCAGCUAUGAUCACUCGGUUAAGCUCUGGGACGUUGAAAAGAGCCAACUCGUGACCAGUAAGGAGGUGGACGGACUCGUACAGUGUGUGGCGUUCAAUAUGGCAGACAACAACCAGUUCUUCUUGGGCUCCAGCAAGUGUUGUCUGCACAUGGCUGAUGCGAGGUCGGAUGUGUGCCGCACAUGGACGAACGACGCUAUGGUGAACGCGCUCCAUGUUACUCAUGACGGCCUCACGAUUACCACGGGUGAUAGCAAGGGCAUGCUCAAGACCUGGGAUGUCCGCAUGGAUGCCUGUCUGGAGGAGCUAUCGGUGCUGAAUGACCCGGCCAGACACGCCAUCUCGCACGUCCACGCGUCACCUGCCAGCGAUGGCGGUGAUGAUGGCCGUUUCCUAGGCGUUAACAGCUACGACAACGUCCUGCGUGUGUAUGAUCGACGCUCUAAACUCAUCAGCUCUCGGAGCACAAGGCGCGGACCUGGAGCCGGUAGCGACAGUCGUGAUGGCGACCAACUGCAGCUGGUAUGCUCUGUAUCGGGUCAUAAGAACAAGAACUGGCCAAUUAAGAGCUCGUUCUUCCGUGGUGACGGCUACAAGUACAAGCUGGCACUGCCACCACGUGGGCGCCUCGGAGGAGGUCUUGGCGCCGGAUCUGGGUCUGGAUCGCGGCGCAAACUUACAGACGGUGACGGAGAAGACUUUGCUGACCCCAGCGGUGAGCGCGGAUCCAUGGACUCGUCGCGCGAGACGCUACUCCUUGCUACGGGGAGUGCAGACCGUCAUAUUUACUUGCACGAGGUGACUCCAUCCAAGCACGUAGAUAGCAGUGGGGGAAGCAAGAGUAAUGGCCCGGGCAAGCACACACAGACCCUUGUGCAGAAGAUCGAUGCCCACAACGACCGCGUGUACUGCGUGGACUUCCACCCGACCGAGCCGAUUCUGGCUUCUGCUUCAGCGGACUGCUCGAUCAAAAUCUGGCUGCCGCGCUCUGGUUCCAGCUCCGUUACACGUCAUGGAAAAUCCAAGAACUAAGGACACACCUAGCAAUGCCAGUAUGCACAUGUGAUGAAUUGAUGCAGAAGCCACGCAGAAAAACAACGUGUAUUAUAUAAAUGAAUGCUCACGUAACUCAUGUGGCAAGCAGGACGCGUUUGCGGCGACGUUUGUCAUUGAGCUGAGCUUCGGCAUCUUCUUGCUGCUUCACCUGUACCUUGCGGGAGGCCCGAUCUAUCCAGGAGCGCGCCUUCGACUGCCAAGCGGACUCACGAUCUCGAACAACCCCACGAGCUUCUUUACGAAGUGCCAGGAUGCGAUGCUGGGCCAGAGCGCGUCGACUCGCCACAGCAGCUUCAGCCAGCGCCAGCUUCCGAGCGAACGCGUCUUCUUUCUGCUGAGUCUUGGUGCUAGCAGCUUCUUCCAUAGCUUCCAGCUCGGCCUCCAGCAGCUCAAGUUCUCGAGCAGCGACCCGAGCUUUGAUAUCUUCACGCUCCUUGGCGAUCAGCUCAGCAAACGCUUUCUCUUCUGCAGCGUUAGUAGAUCGCUUCUCCUCGACAAAGGCCUCCACGUCUCGUUCAGUAGCUCGGAUCUUCUGAGCCAAGUCCUCGUCCACACGAGCCUGUUCCUCUGCAAGUUGAGCACCAUCGUCACGCAGCGCAAUCCCAGCUUCACGCAGCUCCCGUCCGAAGAACCAGUCGUCGGCUUCCACGACCUGGUCGUUGAGUGCUUGUAGUUUUUCACGUAACUCAGCAGCGACGCUGCGUGCUGCGGCGUCACGAAGAUCCCGAGCUUCCCACAGCCAGCGAAGUGCAAGUGCUCGAGCCGCUUCGUUCAGCUCCAGUCGCCAGUGUCGCGAAGGAUCCUUGCCUUCUUCGUCCGAGUCGACAUGGUCCUUCUUCCCAGCUCGCCGACGAGAGCGUUUGAGCUUGCGUGCAUAACGCUCCAUCUCUUCCUGCGCUUCGGGUCGAGGGAAGGCGCCACCCAGUCGUUUUCUGGCAGCUAACAGCCAUUUUGUGAGCACGCGACCUUCAAUGGCCCCACGCGCUACGACGAUGGGAGCGAACGGCACUUCGCCUCCGUCUUCAUCGCUGCCUUCGUCGCUCGAGAAUUCGUCAGCGCGGAUCUUUCUCAUCCCAGCAACAAGUUUGUUCGCCUGGUUCCCUAUCGCCUGCUGUCUGGCAGCCACGCAGACGUUGCAGAGCGUGGCGAAGGCUGCGUGCUUGCGGAAGUACGCUUUCCACAGGUCAACAUGAAGCGUGUAGCCGCCAUCCUCGCGUUUACCACAGACACAACAUUCGCUCUGACGACUAGCAGCUACGAUACCAGCCACGAGCUUGGCGAACGUUCGUCGCUUACGAGCUCGUGCCAACCAGUACAGCGCCAAGUCACGCGAGGCUCCCUCCACCGGCACGUUCGACCAAGCGCGACGCAUUUUCUCGAGAUCAUCUUCAGAAUCCGACGAGAUGUCGGACCUGUCGCCUUUGAGUCGCCGUCCUUCGCCCAUGUUCACGAGUUCAUGGUACAGAUCACGGAUAUACUCCGAGUUGGGGCGGCCAUCACCUGCCGGACCGUCUGUGGAUUGAAGUGUGCGCGGUGUGAAAAGCUCUGCAAGAUGCUGCAACACCCACGGCCGGUUGCGUUCCAGGAAGCGAUGACGGAAUCGUUCCGAGUUGAGAGCUUGUAGCUCCAACCUCUCACGUUCAAGUUCUCGUUGUCUACCAGCACCCAGAGCCAGCUUCGCCGCUAGAUCUUCGUCCAACGUACCGUCAGCGAGUUUGCGGGGCUUCCAGACUUUAAACUUAUCUCCGAUUCGGAUGCAGCUGAUCUCAAGCCCACGCAUCAAGUAAAACACCACAGCGAUGACAAGAAGCGUGAUCGGGUCUCCAAAGAAGCUGUAGCUGGCUCGCAGACAUAUAGAGAUCCCCAACAUACUCAAAAGAAUACCAGCGGAGUAAAUGAUUAGCAAGAAGUAGAGCUGUGACGAAAAGCAGAGCAAGUCCAGGCUCUGACAGCUCGGAUGAAUGCUCUCGUCCGCUGCCGUGUGGGCCAGCGGCCAUCGAGUAUCUCGCGUGGCAAAGCGGUGUCUCUGGUAUGCUGAGUACUCGUAGAGUUUCCAUCCGUGCGCCAGCUCCAUCGUGUUUAGCUGAAGCGCGCCAAGAACGAAGUUACUCGGGAUGAUGAACAAUGAGAACAACGCGUAAUACAGCAAAUCCGUCUGCCGGACUCCGUAGAGUGCCGGCAUUUGCGUAUCGUCGCUGAAGAACGCCUGGAAGGCCAGCAAAAUUGGCGCGAUGAAGAGCUCUGUGAACACGACGCUGUAGCCUGCUAUUCCUUCAAGCACAGCCUCCACGCCUGAGGCUUCAUUGUCGAUCUUCUCGCAUACACGCUGCCACUCGGCGUCCUCUUGCGCUUUUUGCUCGCGAGUACGUCGCCGUCUCUUCCUCAUUCUUCGCUGAAGCGAGAGACGCCAUUUAGGCCACAAAGAACGUGAGCGACGCAAUAACGGCGCCGUGUACAGAUGCUCAAUCAUCACCAGAGUCAAGUUGACGAAGUAAAACAUGGUGAAGCCGAUGAAAUCUGCCGAGCCCAUGGCCAUCAUACUCUCCGAGGCCGACAACACCACAGCGAACGGCAUGACCAGCAGCUUUUCGUGCAAGAAAUGCUCCAGCACGAGCUCUAUCAUCGCCCGCAAGAUCUUGAAGAGAACGAGGUAGCCGUAGAUGUUGUUCGUGAAGGACGGAGAGUACGAGAACUCCCAGAACACCAGCAUCGGCGCCAUGAAACACAAGGUCGUGAGCAGGAAGUUGGCCCGUUUCCAAACUCGAGGGUCCCAGAACUCGUUCUCUUGCUCUUCUUCCUCUUUAUCAGCUUCGACGGAGAACGGAUCGGUGGGUGUCGUGAUGGACAUCUCCUUGUACGCGUUGUCUUCGGGUUUGGCGUCCAAGGUCUCUGGUAUGAGUAAUCUCGACCCGAGUAGCAACAGGUAGAUCCCGAUCACUACUAAGCAUAGCCCGACUCGACCGCGCUUGUAGUUCUCGACUCGAGUCUUAUCCAGCGAGAUUUGGUCCAGCCAGUCACCCGCCGUCGCCUCAAAUGACGCUGCACUUGGAGAAUUGAGCGGGUCUGUUGAAGCCAAGACGUGCCACCAAGUGUAUAUGAGCAUGCACACUACAAAGAUCGGCACGAUCGCGAAGAAGAUGCCGAUCGGUGGUGGUGUGGCCACGUUCUUGAGCAGCAACUUCAUGCGGAACUUGGGCGGCCGCUUCAUCUUAGUGAACAAGCGGUUGAUCAUCCAGAUGAUGAACUGUAAGCAAUUUAAAGCACAAGAGUGAGAACGGCCCAGUAGAAGAUGAACAGAACAGUUCAACGUACCCCGAUGAUCAUGCUGGCCAUGGCUACAAGCGUGAAGAAGCCCAAGUACACGUCCACGGUGAACUGGAAGAGAUUCAUGAGUUCGAACCAGUCCAGUGGCUCCCAGGACACUUGCAGCGUGUACGCUUUGGACGCCAAUUGGUUCGUCGCCUUGCUGAACGUGCACGGGUAGAUGUCCUUCUUAGCCAACGUAGCCAGCAAGUCCACCGAUCGAGUCACUGCGCACAGUUUGCCAAAGUUCACUGAGGCUUGCACGAGUCGCUUCUGACCUGGUGUGACCUGGUAGUAGCUCAGAUUGAGAUACACCUCCUGCGGCACUGCCAAUGCUACACCAGCGUCUCGUCCAACUGACAGCGAUACGCACACAGAAAGGUUAGUAUUUUAGAUCACUCUCAUGAACUUUCGUGCUUACCUUUGACAGGAAUGAGAGCGUCAGUGUCUAAGUAAUUCUGCAAGGUGUCGGAGCGUCCCCAACCUGUUCCUGUUGCGGCAUCGCCUUCAGCGACAAAGGCAUCGGCUGCUGUUGGCUCACGAGUGAUGUAGAACAACGUUGUACCCGUCGGUGCCUCGUACCAGCGCAGCUUCUCCGCGCCACCCUCGAGGUUUUCCUCGUACAAACACGACAAACUCACGCCACGCUGGAAUGUCUCGAACGUCGUGGUCGCCGCCGAUGAAUCCGAACUCGAAGUCAAACUCGACGCUGCCGACGAGAUGGACGAAAUGAGAGACUGCGUGGCUGCUACCUCCGCUGUGUACUCGAUCACACAUCGAUCGGCAUUCGGAGUGAGCUUCUUCCUCCACGGAUACUGAUCCACCUCCACGGUGUGGUCGUAGCUCACGAACGUACAGUCUGGAUGUGUCUCGAGCAUUUUAAAGAGGAAAAUGUGCGAGUCAAAGCCUCUACACGACGAGAAGUAGGGCAAGUACGGCAGAGCGAGGAACUCGGAUCCACCUAGUUCCUGAGUCCACCACGAGUCUGAACGCAGCAUCGUUUCCAGCGGAUCUGGAACCGAGUACAAUCCGAAAUACUCCGUCGGUGGAACCACAGUUUCGGUGCUGUUACUGCUCGCAUUCGCGUCGAAUUCGAUCAAUUCUCCGAUGCUAUUCUGCUCCGUAUUGCGAAUGUAUCCACGUUUACUCGGUAGCGCGGGAUCCCCGACGAAGAUGUCCGACAUGCGGUUGAUGAGCACUGUACUCGCAACCUGCUGCUUGUACGUGAGGGUACCGGCCACUCGAACGUACUCUUCGGGCAGAUUCAACGGCAGCAUCAACUCGUCCAUGUCUUCUUGUUGCAUGACAGCGAGGAACGUGUUGGUCGAAGGAGUGGACGGAGAAUAAUCCGCGCGUCCAGGAGUGAAUACCGUCAGGUCGAAUCGAUCCUCUGUAAACCCAUCAGCAAAAUCGCGAACGUACAGGCCGUGGACCAGUUCCACAGCAAUGGUGAUCUCCGUCUGUUCCAACGCAGAGAUGCUGAACUGCAUGUAGCCAUGCUUGUUGUCCGGGAAGCCUCUGUCCGUCGCAGUGUCUGCGAAGUAGUAGGGCAUUUCCUGCCGCUCACACGAACAACAUCCAGCGAUGUUUGUCGUCGCGUUGCUUCCGCUAUCCGCAGCGGUUCUCAGUACUUCGGCAAGAGGAAGCGUGCGUCGAUCGCAGAAGAACGGCAUGUUGUUGCACACAAAGAUAUCCCCGUCGUAUAUUUCCAUACAUUUCUUGUAUAAACGAGUGGCGGUGAUGUUGUUGUUGUCCGGA